AGGUGUGUGUACAGAAUCACCGUGGUUUUCAAGAUAUUUCAAGUCUGGUGGCAGUCGCUGAUACAUAUGCCACAACUGAACCAUUUAUUGAAGGAAUUUAUGACAUAAGAAUUCAAAAGAUUGGAGAAAAUUAUAGAGUAUUCAAGUAAGCAAACUUACUGUGAUUCACGCGAUAACAAUUUUGUUUGCCUCAUUUGAAAGACAUUUUAAAGCUUUUUCAUAUCUUUCUUGAUGCUCAAAAAGUUUUGACUGCAUGAAAACAGUCAACUGUUCGCCAUCAUGGAUUAAAAUAUUACGUCACAAGUAAGGUCACGCAAUUUCUUUAUUUUGACAUGGUUGCUUUUUAAAUUUAGAGUUAAAUAAAACAAUUUUAAAAUGUUGAAUUGUCAUUUUGAAGUAAUUUUAGAAGGCUAAUCCCACUCCUGACGUCAUCAAGACAAUAGUUAUUGGGCUUUUAAGAAUCAAUUCAAGAUGGCGAACAGCUCAUUGUUUUCAGUUCAAAUAUUUCAAGAAUUACCCUUGAUAUAAGCAAUCCGCAAUAAGAUUUUUUAAAACUUCUUUCAAUUCAGACUAAAUUUUUAUUAUCAAUGUCUGAACAUUAAUUAGCAAGAAACAGGGAACGCAAACUAGUGUGACAGUAAAUGCAAUUUUUCGGGAGUAGCGAAACAUGUCAAGGCCGUCGGAAGUAAAUCAAUAUUGGGUGGUGGUGGUGGGAGGGGGGACUCAAUAAUAAAUCUGAAUUGCUUUUGCACUUUUCUAGUUCUUUUGUGUGUUUAAUUUUUCUUAUACCGACGGCCUUGCAUGUUAUGCAGACAAAACUGUGACAUUUUUGAGAUGUUCACAAAGUGACAUCACUCUCACUGGUCUUCUGCUCUAGUCAGUUUCUGCUGCCAAAACUGUUUAAAGUGCAUGCAUGUUUAUCGAUAUCCCUGCAGGCAAACAUUUUCAAAACAAUGGCUUUGUGUUUGGGCAUGCAUGCAUCGUCCGAAAAUAUUUUUGGCAGCUUCUCAAUAUUAAAUAUCUCAGCAUAAUUUAUAUGCUUUUCUUUACAGGAGAAAAUCCCUUUCUGAUAAUUGGAAAAGAAACAUGGGUUCUGCAGUAGUCGAAGAAAUACAACUUACAGAGCGGUAUGCGUUUUUCUAAAAAGAACUAGUUAAAUGAAUGAUAGCUUAAGAAUUAGUUAUAAAUUGUUGAGGAACAUAUUUUACGCAAACUAUAUAAUAAUUUGACAGCGAGAUGGAGGACCUAAUUCAUAGCUGUAAUUAAAGCAACUAAAUAAAUUUAUUACUAUUUACUACUCCGGUUCACUCUUCGCCGAGACCGUAUUUAUGUCACUUUAUCUAUAAUUUAUAUCUGGAAAAUGUAUUAAAAGUCAUUCAGGUACCAAUUUUACAUAGAAUGCUGAGUUUGGUGGAUGAUCCAAGCAUAGUCUAUUAAGAUAUGAUGGUUUGGAAUCCCGCGGCAAACUUUAAAUGCACGAAAUAGAAGACCUUUGUUCGAUGUUGAACUAUAUCUCACCAUGCACAAGUUCUUUGUCUCAACUUCAUUAAAUAUUGUUCAUCGUGGCUGCACGUUUCAUCUCAGCUAUCCCUAUUGGACGCUUACCAGCAUAAUUAUACGAAAAUACGAUGAGCUCAUGCACCGUGGCUGUGCACAAAUUAACAUAAACUCAAACAAAAACAAACAAACAACAAACACUUCUAUAGAGCGUUUGCUCAUGACGUCAAAGCCGCCAUGUUGGUUUUCCAAUUCAAAAUAUUUUUAAUUAGAUUCUUUUGUCUGGAACACCAACAUGGCCGCCAUGGCUUUUGUUGAUUUGGUCCCUGGGGAAUGAGUGCAAACGUACUAUUUAGUUUAAAGCUAUAUAUAUAGCUUUGUUGAACUAUAUACAUGCAGCCUUCUUGUUUCAACAAACGGCUAUGUGGAGGAGAGUGAUACCGGUUAGCAUCCAGUUUUGGUACCGCACUGAAGUGGGGGUGGUAAAGUGUAUUGUCCCAUAAAUGAGCUUCAAAAACCGUUUUGAUUGGUCGACAGCCUGCCGGAAUGAUUUGAUACUCACCUGCUAGCUAGAUUUGAUACCCACCUGGUAGAUUUGAUACCCGCCUGCGAUAAGCAAUCUCAUUGGCUAAUGACUUUGUCGCCUUUUGUUAAUGCUGCCAUGACGUAUUAGCAAAAAGUUCAAAGUUCAUGAGAUUCAAAAUGGCGUCACUCAGUGUAUAUCGUAUAUUUGUCAAUAAAACAACACGAUGACUUUAAAUCAAGAUGAAACCCCUUCGGUAAGAUGAUAGAACAGUUUAUAUAUUUUGUAAAGUUUUGUUUAUGGGACAAAAACGUUCAUUGUUGACCUUUCAGUAGUUAAAUUAGUUUCGUUAACGUAAAAUAGGCUAACGGAUUAAAAGGCGGCAUCAACUACUCAAGACAGAACUAAAUAAAACUCUGGACAAAUAACUGAAAAACCUUUUUUGUAGUUUAUCGUGAAAUGGUUAAUUUUUUCAUGUGAAACGUGAAAUGGCUGUUUUUCUUUCAGGGGUGCCGGAAAGUCAAUAAUUGGGGGGGGGGGGCAGAUAUUCAUAUAUUCAUGUUCUGCAUCAUUUAUUUCCUUUGAAAGCGAUUGUUUUUACGGUCUGUGAACAUGAAUAUAUGAAUAUCUGCCCCCUCCCCACAAUUAUCGACUUUCCGGCGCCCCUGUUUUCUUUUUCUUCACGUGAAACUUGAUCCUAACUCAUCCCUCCCCGGCCCCACCGCCCAUACGCUAAUGGGAUUUCUAGAUUUAUUUGUCGGCUAAUUAUAAUAAGCAAUUCCAGUAGCUGAGCACCAGGUACCAAUACAAUCUAUAUAGUAUACGACAUACACUAAGUCAUUAGUUCCUUCGGUCGACGACGUACCCCCAUGCAGAAGUAUACAACAAAAGUUUUUAUUUUUAGGUAUAAACUUUGGGCUGACGAGUGUGCUAAGAUGUUUGGAGGACUGGAUAUUUUAUGUGUGGAAGCAAUACAGACUGGAGAUGGAAAGGAAUAUAUAAUUGAAGUACUUAACAUAUGUUUUGCCUACUUAAUAAAAAAAUAACGUCUCGUAAAAAGUACAUCGAAUGAAACGUACGCGGCAAGAAAAGUGACACACAUGCCUUUUGAUUAAAAUAAUUAAUCCCCCAGACAGGCAAAGGUACUAAUUCCACUUGCCCAUUAAUCUACAUUCCACCGUGAAAAGGAGUCAGAGUUAUCAGAUUGGAAAUGUCCAUCAAUUAUCCCGGGCUCUUCGCUAUGUUGCGGCAUAUACAUGUAUGGGUGGUCAUCUCACUGAUCAAAAAUUAAAUAUUCAUGGUCGACGCGUGCAGGAGUGAAAAUAGUGGGAUUUUAACCCCAAAAAUGUAUUAUUUUAUAUUGUCAAAAACUUUAAAUGGGAAUGAGAACAAAGUUAUUUUCAUGAAGGAAUUCCAAUUUGAAACAUUUUUGUUUCGAACUGACAGAGUUUAUCGAUAAAAAACAUGCAGUUCAAUUUUAUUAACAUUUCAAAGCGAAGUUCUAGUAUAUUUCAAAUAAAAUUGAAGCUUAUAUUAUAUAAAACAAAUAAUUAAUGUUUCAUUUGUGCAAUAGUAAAAAUAGUUUCAUAGGUGAAAGACGAAUUAUUACCAUGGCUCAUGAUAUACAUCAUCAUUUUGUAUAAUAGAAUACAGAACAGAAUGCAAUGGAAUACAACAAUACAUUGUGAAACUCAUGAAUGUUCAUUAAGAAAACACAAAUCACGAGAGAAAUACAAAAUAUAUCAUUGUACAAAACAAUACAAUACAAUACAAUACGACACAAACAACACAACAUAUUAACACAACCCAAUACAAUACGGUGGCCGGACAGUUUGCCGAAAGAAAUGUCUGAGUACCAUACAAUACAGUGCAUUUUACCGACAAUACGUACAAUUUGCAUCACACUGAACGAAAGCGUAUCAUGUGGAAGUCAUGAAAUUCGACUUCUCCCGACAACAGCUCUGAACGGUAGACAUGCAAUACUUUUAUUGAGACUCAUGAAUAAUAAAUUCGUUCAGUGGAGCAAAAAUAAUGGAUAUUCUCGUUUCUUCCUUCUUUCUCUUUCAUUAAAAGCAAAUGAAUCCCUACAAUUUUAGUGCUUGUUUUAGGUAAUUGAUACGGGAAUAAAAUUAUUCAGCGAAUCUAGAGAUGAAGAUAUACAACGUAUAGCAGAUCUGACAAUAAAACGUCUGAAAGAAAAAUAUCCAUCGUCUUUGGAAAACAUGAUUGGCAAAACCGCUCCAGCAGCCUUACUGUCAGGUGAGUUUUGCAUUCAUACAUGUUAAUGAAUUCUAAUUUUAUAUCUAUAUAGGGUUGAGAAGAAAAUGCAGGUAUGUAUAACUGCCUGUACAUGUAUAACUGCCCGUCAUGUAAAAAAGCAGACUGUGUGGUGUAGAGGGGUGUAACAUCCCCAAUAUCUGUUCAUGAGUAAUUUCAGGUACAUUUCUAAGCGAUUUAAGCUGAUUUUAACGUAAAUCAUAAGACUAGUACUGACAGGCUAUAGUGGACGUUAAAAGUGAACGCAAGCUAAGAAUGCCAAAUUAAUGCAUUUCCGUGCUUUCUGCAUGAGGGUCUAAAUAUUCAACCCCAUAUUGUAAAUUUAGCCCCAUAUCCAUUUGCGGUGAUAUAUUCUUUCGAUGCAAAACCUGCUACAUGAAAAAAAGUAAAUGAAAAAAACAACACAAAAUUUAAAAAACUGCUUCUUAUAGGUAAGUUAAGGUGGCUCGAUACAGUUUUCAAAAAUUCAGGUGUUUAACACUUUGACAUGUUCAAACUACGCAUUUUUAGGAUUUAUUCAGCAGAUAUUGGGUUUUUUAUAUAUUUUGAUAACUCUACUUUCAAACGAUAUUAGUUUUAGUAACAGAUAGUUCGUUGCUAUGACGACAUACGUGUACGAAAUUCACUCCAAAAUGACCUUAUCGUCUCGUAUAGUUGGAAAAAAAGCAUGGUGACCCCCAAUUUUUUUUCGUGCAUUAUUUUACUUGGACGAAAAGCUAACAAUUAGCAAAAUAUAAAAAAAUUCUGUAAUGCCAUUUUUUUGGAAAAUGCGAAAAUGUCAUAUUCUUCGGUAAAUUUUUUUUGGCAUUACAGAAUUUUUUUAUUUUUUGUAUAAUGAAAGUUUUUAGCAGUGCAAUACAGCAUGCAAAAUUUCAACAUAGGUCACCAGACAAAAUAAAGAGAUAUAGCGCAUUGUUUUUCUCAAAUGGAAAAUUCUAAUGACGUCAGCAAUUGACAUAAAACGCUAUAGAACGCGCGCAAUGGCGUGAUAUGGCGCGAGCAACUGCUCACGUCAGGUCAUUUUGGAAGUUCUUUCAUUUUGUUAAUCAGUUUCCGCGACCUGCGCGACUUGUGCGCGUAAAAAUGGUCACCCGGUUUUGAGUUCGCGAUUCUUGAGCAGAGUUUUUGUGAUAACUAUAUCGAGCCACCUUAAACUUAGAACAUAAUUUUUAAAAUCAUGUAAUUUGGUCCUUUAGACCCCUCCCCCCCUCCCCGUCCCCACAACGACAAAGUCUUCGCUCUGUCCCUGUUGAAACGUGUUGGUACAGGAACAUCUCCAAAAAUAUCGCCUGAAUUUCUCAAAACUGCUUGGAAAGAACAACUGAGAAUUAGUUGUACUAGUUUUCCACGGAAUUUUACUAAUUAUGAAACUAUUUUUUCAGGGGUUGAAGUGGAAUAUUUUUGCUUUCAAAUCUCUAGAAAUAUCAUAUUCGUACGAGAAAUAUUCAUAUUCGUGCCAGAAAUAUUCAUAUUCAAACUAUAGUUUUAAUUUAAUAAACACAGUAUUCAAAUAUUUAAUAUUCAUGUUUUUAAUUUCACUCGUUUGACUGACGAAAGAUAUGAGCACUUCCUCCAGUAAUGUACUAAAGUUCAGUGUUCCACACCCGAACAAUCACUAUAUAGUGAUCUACAAAUCUUCACGGUAAAUUUUAUUUUAAAUUUAUUUCCAGAAGCUCUGAAGGUUGUUGGUAAUCCUACAAGUAAAGCCUCACACUCUCCAGGUGAUAGCAAUUCAUCUUCCACAACCAAGCUACACGGACAUUUUAGUGGUAUUAUCCUCGACAACUAAUGUAAAUUAGUUAUUUUAGAUAUCGUUCUUUAAGCAUGCAAUCUAAACUAAAAAGUGCAUGUCAAAACAUUUAUCACACAGUGAACACCACCACGUUCACCUUUUGAGCGAGAAAUUAUUAGGGCAAGGGAACUUUGCACCGAGUCCAAAACUCAAAAAGGGCACAAAGCCCAAAGCAACGAAGGACCUUAUAAUUUCUUGACACAAUAACGCUUAAGAUGGCUCGAUUCACUUUUCAAUAAACCGGAGGUGUAUAUUAGUUUACCCUUCUGAAUUUCGUGUUUUUAGGUUUUAACCGACAUGUUAUGGAAUGUUCCUAUAUUUUAUUGUUUCCGCUUUUUCAUUCUGUUGGUUUUAGUUUCUGUUGGUGUGUUUGCCACGGCCGGUAACAGUCUGUCACGCGUACAAAAAAAAACCCACGGUGACCCCACCUCUUUUGUACGUGUUUUUACUAUUAACAUAAACAAACAAUGGACAAAAUUUAAAUGAAUUCUGUCAUGUCAUUUUCUUUAAAAAGCGGAAUUCUCGUUUCUUUAGAUUGGCAUGACAGAAUUUUUUAAUUUUUUCUUCCCGAGCGUAAAAAUUAAAUACAUAUCUCUUUGUGGUCAACUUUUCACAGGGUACCUUACCGAACUCGUUUAGGACAAAUUUUGUGUUCAUUGCACGCAUGUGUUAUUUCUUGCUCAGCGAAGCUGUUUUUUGUCCUCUGCGACAUCAAUGAUUUGUCAUGGGUGUACAUAAUUUUGCAGGCGCAACUAAAGUGGACAUGUAAAUCCAAGAAAAAAAAGAACUGUGUCGGACUAUCAUUUAUUCCAUCAUUUAAUGGCAUAAGAUAUGUAUGGCAUACAAAACCUUUGGGUUUUUUUAUAUGCAUGUGCAGUAAUAAAGUUCUAAUUUAAGUUGACUUGCUUGGUACGCCUAAUACGCUCACGAAACUGUGAUAUAAAACCUUAGUUGUUGCCAUCGAAUAAAAGUACGGGAUGUUAAAAAGUAACGAUGUAGUAGUCUAAUGCUUUUAUUCGAAUUAUAAUUAGAUGAUAAUGAAUAUUGGUGAAGCAUUGUCAAAAAUGCAUGUCAAAAACAAUUUUCCAG